GCCCUUGCACCAAGAUUCUUGGCUCGAGAGGCCAGUCCUCCAGCGCUCCGCCCCGCAGCCGCGUUGGCUCCCCGAAGCUGGUGCGCCACCGUGCGAGCCCGAUCGCCGGCUCCGCCCCGCGAAGGCCCCCAUGGCGCGCCCGGGCAGCGCGGGCGCCGUGGCGGCCGCGCAGCGCCGCACGCGGCGGAGCGGCAGCCAGAGGUCCUGCCGCUCCGCGCCCGCGGCCCCGCCCAAGAGGCCGAGCGAGGCCCGCCGCGACGCCGUGGCGCGGCGGGCCGCCACGGAGGACCACCAGCGGUACCUCUGGAGGUUCGGCUUCGGGCGGGGGGGCACCGACCCCGUGCUCCAGAUCUGCGCCUCCGGCCACGUCGAGGAGGACGGCCACACGCGGUACGUCCUCGACCUGAGCCUCCGCCCCGCCGCGCAGGGAGGCGUGCCCCCGUGCUCCUGGCAGUGCAAGCGGCGCUUGGCGGAGCUGCGCGAGUUCGUGCACGACCCCGUCAAGGAGGCCAUGGGCGUCGAGUACCAGACGCACUUCUCGAAGAGGGAAACAGCCGGCAUAGGGCGAAAAGAAACCGUCGUCGGAGACUGGGGCGAGGACUGCAUGCCGACGUUUCUCCUUCGAACUUCGCAGACAGCCGCUUCGCGCACCGCGGCGGCCCGCCCGGCACCACUUCCAGGC